AUGACCUCGGAAAGUAACAACAAUAUCCUCCCGCUGGAGUCGUUCGAUCUGACGGCUGUCCCUACGAGUACGCACAAUAUAGCGUGGUCUCCCGAUGCCGAACUUGCUAUCGGCUGCGACGACUGUGUCUUCGUCUUUCUUCCCGAGUACAGCCGUCCUAGAUCGGAGGGUGCGGAGCGAGGCACCACAUUGCAUCGACAGUAUAACGCGGCUGCCCUCCGCUUCCCGAGCGUCGGGCAUAGGGACCCGGAACUCAACCGUCCCUUAUUUGAUCUUGUCGGCCAGGAUUUUCCUGAAUAUGAGCACAUCCCCGGCGGCGCCGGCGGCUCGGGUCCCGUCGCCAGCCAGGGCAGCUCUAUGAACCAUGUCGUUGCAUUGGAAUGGUCACCCUGCGGCUUGGGUCGCAUGGAUCGGUCUGUCCUGGCCGUUCUCACCGGGGCUGGCACCAUCACUAUGUAUCUCGAAGCUGCCUCGGACGGCAUGAAUGCCUUUAAGCUUCACGGCGGCAAUACUAGGGGUUUGAAGCCGUGGCUUGUUGCCUGGGGUGUAGGCACUGGUUUACUUCUGCCAGUCGCAGAAGGGCACAUAGCACAGUACACCAGAGAGUAUAUCACGGCAUUUUCUUGGUCUAAAGACACCGACGGCCACGGAGCGCUGCUGGCGUACGCAAAUGACGAGGACGACGUUGUCAUCGUCUCGGUUCAGGCAAAGCAUGACUCCAAGGCGGCCCCCGGAGACUGUGGUUUAUGGAGAGUCGAAGAAGUCCCGACCGACCCAGACUACUCGCCAUCCGGGUCAUCGUUCUCUCUCAGCUGGGGCCCUUGGCUGAAAAGGGGCACUUCAAAGACUUGCAUGCUAUCAUAUAUAGCUAAGAACUAUGUUGGGUUCAGGCAGGUGACAAUAAAGGGGACGUUCAAGAGCACGAAGACGCCGAAUCUAGAAAUCGACCCGGUCGAUUCCAACGGAAUCUGUCUUCAUCUAGCACCAGAUGCAUUUAUGGCUUGGGAGGAGCUGAUAUGGACGGUCAACGGUUCAAAGGUCUGCCGUGGAAUCGUUGCAACCCCGACUAGAGUUCAAGCGCUCCAGGUAGCAUUCGACUCGACUCAAUCCGGAAUCUCGGAGCAUACUACGGACGAGUGCGGUACGACGUAUCCAGAAAUUGACAACGGCGGGUCGGCUCUGAAUCCUAUAACUGGGCUUGUCGUCCACCCUCCCUCGCUUUCACAUGCCGCCCCGACGUUGUUGUACUCGCUGGUUCGGCUUUCGGCGACGCACGAGAAUGACGGCUGGUACCAAACAAACCUCCCGCUUCCGCCUAAUCCAGAGGAUGGAGUUAUGUUACCACAGUGGGUCAAUGAGAUCGAUCAAAUCAUCGAGCAUCGACUUCCUCGAAGAAUGGCAUACCGACCUAGCCUCUCAUCAGACGAUGGCAGUGCCGACCUCGAGGGGGGCUCGGACAAUGAGGACAUGAUGGGCGGUGGUUCGGACGUCGAUUCCCACUAUGAUUCCGAGCAGAGUGUUAUCGCUGGUCUAGACACUUCGGAUCAAGUCCAUAUUAAUAGGGCUCGCAUAUGGGGGAUGGCGGCUAGCCCGGGCGGAGGCGUCAUAGCUGUCUUCAUUAGCCGACACAGCGCUCUCAUCCCGGAGAGAGAUACAUACGGUGGGGCGACGUGUCGCGUCCUCUUCGGGAAACACGGUCAAGGCAUGGCUGUGAAGAAGCUUAGUACCGAAGCAAAGAUGUGGGAGUGGAUGUACGGUGGAGGACACUCUGUGCCCGGGGUUGACCUUUCGACAGCGCAUGAGAGCGGCAAGCGGAGCGCGUUGAAAGACCACUUUGCGCUCAUCGCCCGCAGGCAAGCCUGCGCCUUUUGCGACCUCCCUCUCAGUACCGAGGGCAAGUUCGCGAAAUGUAGCAGCGGUCACUUUUUCGCUACGUGUGCGACUACGGGCCUCCCGAUCUUGGCCCCCGGCGUCUCACGAACUUGUAACGUGUGCGCCUCCCAGUGUCUGAAGCGCGAGGAUCUCAUCAGCAUGGCCCCCCAGCUCAAGGAAAUCAUCCUGGACGAAAUUUCGUCAGAGCUCUGUGGUGGCUGCGGCGGGAAGUUUAUUAAUUAG